AUGGUGGCGGCACACUGCGCGCCAGCCCUCUUGCCCGGCGAGGUGAAGCGCCUGCUGGCGGUGCUGGAGAAGCAGCUGGAGGGGCGGGAUUACAUAAUCGGGUCAGAGUACACCCUGGCUGACGUGGCCACGUUCCCAUGGGUGAAUGUUCUGUCGUCAGAGGCCGGCUUCAACGCGGCGGACGCCCUGGGGCUGGACGCCUUGAAGAACGUCAACGCUUGGGCCGCGCGCUGCGGGGCGCGCCCGGCCGUCCAGGCGGGACUCAACGUGACACCCUUCACAUGA